AUGGGAAGUAGUGACAGUGUCCAAGCCUUCAUCAGAAUCAACAUUUCCUUCCCCUGCAACUGCAUCAAAGAUGAAUUCCUCGGCCACACGUUCCACUGCAAUAUUGAAAGUGGCGACACCUAUGCAUCCAUCGUCAACAAGUCCUAUUCCAACUUGACCACGAUUAACUGGUUAGAGCAGUUCAAUAGCUAUACGGCGACCAAUAUAUCGGACGACGGUGUGCUUAAUGUCACAGUGAGUUGCUUAUGUGGAGAUAGUUCGAUUUCCAAGGAUUAUGGAUUGUUUAUUACCUACCCUCUCCGGGCUGGAGAUAUUCUGGAGUCGAUUGCGAGGGAGUCAAAUAUUGCUACUGACAUGCUGCGGAGAUACAAUAUUGACGUGGACUUUUAUGCAGGGACCGGUUUUGUUUACGUUCCAGGCAAAGAUACUUUCAUUAGCCUUUCAUAA